CUCUUCAACAAUUAGCUAGAAAAAAAUAUCAAUUUUCAUCUUUUUUAUAAAUUUAAUUAUAAAUUAAAAAUUUUAUAAAUUUAAAACACAUACGCAGGACUUUCUGAUCCAAAAAACAAAUUUUCUAAAAAUUGCAUCGUUUAUAUUAAACGAUGCAAAAGGUCGUCAGCCGAAAGUUUUAACGGAAGCAACUGACGCCAACGAUGAGAUGACGGACGAUGAGCGAUGGAAUCUUAAUAUGGGGAUUAAUAAUCGUAGUGUCAAAUUAUCGGGAUCGAGGUCGAAAGGCACCGAGCGAGCGGACAUCCGUACUCAUAACGAGGAACGAUCGAUGUUAUCGCCAACGCCGAAGGAGGAUAUCCCCCACGACGUCGGCGGCUAAUUCCUUCGAGCGGAAAACAUUGUCAGAGACAUUUCUCUCGCCCGAUCGCGUUUCCGCUCGGUCGAUCGAUAAAGACCCAUCGGCGACGGUGAGUGGAUCCGAGGUGCUGAGGAACGACGCCGCGGCAAGGAGCUCGCCGUUUUCACGCGGAAACGAGACGAGCUCGCGAUUUAUUUAUGAUACGCGAAACGAAUGAAUCAUGUGAGAAUGAGCAGUGAAUUUUUGCGCUCGCGAGUAAACCACUUGGACGGGAAAAGAUUAGUUCUCGAAAGUCGCACAAGCGAACAAUCGCGUCGAAUAAUGUCAUGGAUAAAAAUGUCGGCUUACAAAAGUGACUUACAAAGACAAUGUGUGAGAAAAGAUGUUAUUAUAGAACAAGCGGCCUGUGCGACUCCUCAAAGGAGACACUACAAGGAAUCUGAAGGUAGAAACGAAGCGACGGAGGAUGCCUUGGAAGCGACCGCGCAACUUCCAACGCGGAGACGGAGAGUUCGAUUUUCCAUCGAGUUUUUGGCUCGCAAGAUUUCUCAACAGAAGUUUCAUCAUUGAAUUGCCAAUCGGUAACCAAUCAACCCGAAAUAAAACGCAAACUGUGCAUCCUUCCGAGUCGCUGGGUUUAUUCGCAAGCACGGCAGAUGAACAGGAGUGUGGACAAUGAACGCGAUAGAGUCAACUUAACCAGCAUUUUGGGGGCACUAAAAAAAUAACUGACCGAACUGAUAAAUUUGACAAAUUACAAAUACUUUUAUAAUAUAAAUGAAUAUAUAAGCAAAAUAUCACUGUAUUCUAAAUUAAUAUAAAAUAAUUAAAUGUCAAUAUAAAAUAA